UUCAAAAAUAAACAUUCAACAUGGAGUUCACAAGCAUAUCAUCUGCAAACUUCACCGAAACCCCGCAAACAACAAGUGAUUUGAGUUGGAAUAUCAGCUCAACAGAAGUACCAGGCAUUAUUGAACAAUCACUCGCUUUAUAUCACAAUCGUCGGCGUUUCUUAUUCAGCGGCAUUGUACUGUUGCUCGGCGUAAUUGGCAAUUCAUUGGCGUUGGUAAUUUUGGCGCGUAAAAAAUCGACGAAGAAUAGUAAAUACACAUUGUUGUUGCGUUGUUUGAUCUCCAAUAACCUUAUCGGCCUGCUUGGCAUAUUAACAACACUGGUGCUGAAAAUUUACAUACGAGAAGAUAAGUUCAAGGCCUACGUGCGUUGGGAUUGUACAUUGAAGGUGUUGUGUCGCUUCUUCGGGCUCAGUUCCGGUUGCAUUGCGGCGGUCAUGGCCAUCGAACGGUUUAUGGCAUUGGCAAAGCCAUUCAUCUAUCAUAAGCACAUCACAUACGCUCUGGUACGUAAGACCAUCAAUUUAUUUCUACUCAUCGCUGUGGUCGUCACGUUUUUGCCCUUCAUUGGUUUUGGCACCUACAUCGAUGAGAGUGAUCCAGAAAAUCCGAAAUGUUUACGCUACCGUGAUGCUGAGGGCUUUUGGAAUAAGGCAUAUUCCGUGUUGUUUAUGACGUUUGGCACCCUUUUGUGCGUCGUCAUUGUCGCUUGUAAUUUGUUCGUGAUGCGCGCACUCUGCUUAAUCAGCCGCAAGCGUGCCAGCAAACGUCACAUACACUAUGACACGCUGAAUCGUGAGCAGAGCAGCAUUCAUUGCAUCGAAGGCAAGUCGAGCAGCGGCGCAUCGUUGUAUCAUCGCAGUAACAGUUGUAGCACAGUGACGGCCAACACAUCCCCCGAUGAGAUUAAAUUCGCCAAAUUAAUGGCUUUCCUAAGCAUAUCCUUCGUUAUCUGUUGGAUGCCACAAAUGAUUGCCAUCCCCAUGGCCAUUUUACCGAAUCGCGUCCCCAAGGCGCAUCCUUUCUUCAUCUUGGCUGAUGCGUUGAUAGCGUUAAAUUUCACGUUCGAUCCAUACAUUUACGUACUCAGUCGCACCAAACAGUCCUGUGUGAUGGGCUGCCUUAAAGGCUGUCGCUGUCAGCUGUGAUAUUCACAGCAGAGGAGAGGAACGUGCGGCAGCAGAAGGAGUUGUGCCUUCACAGACAGAUCAACAGAGUUUGUCGUCUUUAAAUUGUAAUAAAUGUGAUUUAAUGCUUUCAUUACACGCGUAGCUGGAACGUUGGAGAAGGAGUCCUCGAAAGCUUAUUAUCAAAAAAGCACAUUUUGGAACAUUCAUAUACAUAUGACAUACAUAUAAAAUACAACAAACUAUCAUAUAUUUUAAUGCAUUUAUACAUA